AUGCCGAUAACUUCGACGGACCCAACUCGGUCGACCGCGGAGACCAGUCUGCAUCAGCAGCCCCCGUUUACAUCCACCGCCCCAGGGCGGCCAAAACGAACCCAGGUUGCCAGAGCCUGUGACUGGUGCCGUGGACACCGAAUCAGAUGUGACACUGAUCGCCCUUGUGCGAACUGCAGAAGUAGGGAGGGAAAGUGUACCAGUAAUGGUGAGAGCGAUGUGAGAACUCUGCCUCAUGCCCUCAGAGAAAUUGAAAAGUUGAAGCGUCGAAUCAAGAUUCUGGAACAGCAACUUGACGAUGUCCAGUGUCCCGUGUGUGAAGAGGCUGCUCAUCCUCCGAGUCCAUCUCAGUUGUCGAGGACAUCUCCACAUUUGAAGCUCGACUCUCCGGAUCAAGGCCAACCUACGAAGAGGUAUUGGGAGGGCAUUCAGACAAGGACAGCAAAGUCUCAUCAGACACAAUUCUACGGUCCUUCGUCUCUGUUCUAUUUCAUUGGCCGCCUGAAUUCGUACCUGGCCACAGCUCUACAACAGCCGCAUUUGGAUCAUCAUUUCCAACCUAAUUCAGCCAGCAGGUCAUUCGCGAGCCCCACAAGCUCAAAAAAUGAAACCAUUGAAGAGAAUCUUGUGUCGGCUGAUAUCCCGAGAGAUGGCGACUACCUGACUGGGACUCAGGAAGACUACUUUCUAAGCUUAUUUUGGCAAUCAUAUCAUUGCACCCUCCAAAUUCUGGACGAAGGAGAAUUUAGAGAACAUUAUAGAUCGUUAUGGGAACCUCCGCAUAAAACUCGCAAACCAUCAGCCCUCGUUGACAUCGUCCUGGCUUUAUCAAUGCAAUAUGGCGUCGCGUUUCUACCCCGGCGAGACACAAACGGUGUAUCCAAGGCAGAUGUCGAUAGUAAUGAUGCAACCAUCGCGGGGCGUUGGUUUUAUCGGCGGUCCCAAGCGUUGCUGGCAACUGAGCUCGAAAGCCCGUCGAUAUCAACCCUUCAGUGCCAUAUAUUCUCCCUCAUAUUCCUUUGCAAUGCGUCAUUCCAGAACAUGGCUCAUAGCACGUUAGCGUUAGCAGUGAGGACAGCUCAUAUUCUAGGACUCCAUAUGGAGCCACCGGAAUAUAUACCACGGGCCCAAAGGGAGUUGCGGAAACGGUUAUGGUGGAUUCUAUAUGCCACAGACAGCAAAACCUGCAUGAAACUCGGGCGACCGUUUUCUGCACAGCUAUCCCAUGUCACCGUCAGCUUCCCAUCGGAUGACCACGAACUGGCGUUACAUUCAGGUUCCAAUUUUGGCUCCUUUGGCGAAAAUAUCACAUGGCUCACCUUCGGUGUGAACCACGUUAAACUAUUGCUAGCGGCUCGCAGUAUCUACACUGCAUUUUAUGACAAAUGCGCAGAAAUUCUUGGUGCAAAUGAUGGGAAGAGCUUAUACAAUGACCCUCAAGGUCUGGAAACAGCUGCGCAGUUCCUCUCGUCGAGAAUACAAGCUCUUCAAGAAUGGCCAUUAAGCGUGCCUAGUGCAUUGAAAAUGAAGAGACAUGGAACAGGAGUACGUUUCUCUACUGAUAGAACUACACUAGACGUUGAGCGAUUUUCACCCCCAUGGCUGAAGCGGCAGCAGCUGCUCCUGGAAUUGCUCUACCACAAUCUGUCAAUGAACCUUUACCGACCCUUUAUCUGCUUUUCUCCAACUUCCAGCCCUAAAGCUGAAAACAAUGCGGCUUCCUGCGUCAACCAUGCUAUCGCAAUUACUCAUAUCAUGUAUCAAAUCCUCCACGAGACGGACAUUUUGAACGGCUGGCAUGAAGCAUAUCAAUGGCAGUGGAAUGCCACACUUUCCAUGGUUGGAUUUAUUCUGGCUUAUCCUACCUCCCCUUCUACUGCUCCAGCGCGAAAUGCCAUUGACAACGCCAUCGCUGUGUUCGAAAUGUUCGGCAACAACUUCGCCAUCGCCGCCAGCGCUGCAAACGUGACUCGGGACCUCACCACGAAGGCGGAUUUUCUCAUCAACAGCUUCCAGAGCAACACCUUGUCGUCCGUCCAUCCUUCAUAUUUCUCACAGAACAUUAAUGCCUUGCAGAAUUAUGAUCAUAGUAGCCAAACCGAUAACGAUAACAGUGGUGUUGCUCCCCAGAUCGAUGACCAGGCAAUGCAGGAUGCCAUCGCGGGUUCCCUGGGCAUGGCUUUCACGAUCGAUUCGUUUAAUAGCUUCGAGCCGCUCUGGGAUAACGGAAGGACGACUAUAUCGGAUUACUGGACGUUCACCCAGGAUUAG